AUGGAGUCUGGAACAAGCUCUUUUCGAGUGGAAUUUCCUGAUUUUUCCAGCACCAUUUUGCAGAAACUAAACCAGCAGAGACAACAAGGACAAUUAUGUGAUGUUUCCAUUGUAGUCCAAGGACACCUUUUCAGGGCUCACAAGGCUGUUCUUGCUGCCAGCUCACCUUACUUUUGUGACCAGGUGCUACUGAAAAACAGCAGAAGAAUAGUUUUGCCUGAUGUUAUGAACCCAAGGGUUUUUGAAAACAUCCUUCUCUCUACUUACACAGGACGACUAGUAAUGCCUGCUUUAGAAAUCGUCAGUUAUCUGACAGCAGCCAGUUUCCUCCAGAUGUGGCAUGUGGUAGACAAAUGCACUGAGGUUUUAGAAGGAAAUCCUACAGUCCUUUGUCAAAAGUUAAAUCAUGGCAGUGACCAUCAAUCACCAAGUAGCAGUAGCUACAAUGGCCUAGUUGAAAACUUUGAGCUUGGUUCUAGUGGACACCCAGAUUUCCCUAAAACCCAAGAACUGAGAGAUGGAGAGAAUGAAGAAGAGAGUUCCAAAGACGAAUUGUCAUCUCAGCUAACUGAACAUGAAUAUCUUCCUAGCAACUCCUCAACAGAACAUGAUAGACUAAGUACUGAAAUGACGAGUCAGGAUGGUGAAGAAGGGGCCAGUGAUAGUGCUGAAUAUCAUUAUACAAGGCCCAUGUAUAGCAAGCCCAGCAUCAUGUCUCACAAACGUUGGAUCCAUGUUAAACCAGAAAGAUUUGAACAGGACUGUGAAGGUGUUGAUGUGCAUGCUGCUUAUGAUGAGCACCAGGUCACUGAAUCAAUCAAUACUAUUCAGACAGAUCACGCUAUACAGUCUUCAGGGGUGGAUGAGGACUUUCACAUUGGUGAAAAAAAAGUUGAAGCUGAGUUUGAUGAACAAGCUGAUGAAAGUAAUUACGAUGAGCAAGUUGAUUUCUAUGGCUCUUCUAUGGAAGAGUUUUCUGGAGAAAGAGCAGAUGGGAAUCUUAGUAGCCACAGACAGGAUACUAUUAUAGCAGCAGGCUAUAGUGAUAGCAUUGAAAUGGUGACAGGCAUUAAAGAAGAAGCUUCCCACUUGGGAUUUUCAGCUGCUGACAAGCUGUACCCUUGUCAGUGUGGGAAAAGCUUCACUCACAAGAGUCAGAGAGAUCGGCAUAUGAGCAUGCAUCUUGGUCUUCGGCCUUAUGGCUGUGGUGUUUGUGGUAAGAAAUUCAAAAUGAAACAUCACCUUGUUGGCCACAUGAAAAUUCACACAGGCAUAAAGCCUUAUGAGUGUAAUAUCUGUGGGAAACGAUUUAUGUGGCGGGACAGUUUUCACCGGCAUGUGACUUCUUGUACCAAGUCAUAUGAAGCUGCAAAGGCUGAGCAAAAUACUACUGAUGUUAAUUAAAAAUAGGA